UAGUGUUGGGCCACUAGAAUGUUAUGCUCCUUGUCUGUUAAAUUUUAUGCUCCCCUUGGAAAAUAAUUUUACCUCAUCCUUUUGUUUUAUUAUACGCACAGGAACUUGAAUUUUCAUCGCGUCCAAAUGGAGCACAUAUAUCAGAAUUGCUGGAUUAUUCAAGCUAGGGUCAUGUGGAAGGCUCACAUCAAAGAGAAUGGCAUGGGAAACUUGUACCUUCAGUGCAUACUACUCGAUCGGCAUGGGACAAAGAUGGAAGCGAUUGCGUACAACAGCCAGGCAAUCCGGUUCAACAGCAUGCUAGAAACCAGUAGGACCUAUGAUUUCAAUCGCGUCGGGUUCAACCCCACAGAAAUGCCAGAUGGACAUUUCUGGUACCUAGCCAUGGACUUUGUCGCCACACUAAAUUCUACGACCGAGGUUAGGAUGUCGGCACAGCAGAUAACGUCGACAAUUUGCCCACCGUGCUUCCCACAGUUUGGAGAAAUCUUUGAGCUACGGGACAAAACUAUCACUGGUGCUCAUCUUUAUAUUGGUUUUUGCAUAUUACUCCGUACAACUCAGAGUCUCAUUGUGAUUUCAAAUUUGCAGAUGUGGUUGCUAUCCUUACCUAUGUUGGUCAGAUAGAAUAUAAGUGGGAUUCAAUAUAUAGACGCCGCGUCCCUUCC